UUCUUCUUGCUCGCCCCCCAGCUGGCUCCCACUUCCUCGCUCUCUCGUUUAUUUUUCCUUCUUUCGGUUUUGUUGUUGUUUGGUUUUGGUUUUUCCCGUUUUUAUUAAAUGAUUUGUUAAUGAAAAUAUGGAUCAGCUUUACCUGGAGAUUGAAAUCAGCACACAGAACGCGGUUACAACCAUUUACACGAGCGUGUCUUCGUUUCUGGCCUUGUAUACACACCGCUACAUCAGCCCCAAAAAUGUGCAGGUUAAUUUUGUUAAUUCGAAAAUCGAGGGCGGUCGAAUAGCUUUACGCAGCUCCCAGCUGAGAAAGGAGCUAACGGAGCAGCACAUAACCUGCCGGGAGGCAGCCACUCUCCCAGCGAUUAGGGAUCUAAAGUUGCCCAUCUACGAGAAGGAUGGAAAUACCUACAUAGCGGGUACCUGUGCCGUUUGCAGAGAGCUUAUAGCCCGGCAACCCAAUGAGGAACUCAAGAAACUCCUGGGCUUCAAGGGCAGCUGCCUUUUGGCGCCCUCCGAGGCCUCCAUUUGGACUAGAUUCUGUGAGCUGGAUGUGGUGGAGGUGGUCAGUGGCUUGCACAAUGGUGAGAUCUUGGAGUCGGUGCCACCCGAGGUUGUGAGAUUCGAACAGCACAUGAACGAACCUGUGCGGAUGCACAACAUCUACAAGCAGGCCAGGGAGCAGGCCAAUCAAACGGAGAAUGGCGACAAAGUCAAGAAGCGAGAUCGCGUGGAGAUCAAGUGUACCACGCCCAAGGAGCAGCUGCUCAUAGAGCAUCGAUUUGCCGAAGGCAUUAGCUUCACCAUAGCCGAUCUCAUCCUGUAUCCCCUGCUGAAGAUUGUCUUCCAGCAUUGCGGCCAGAUGCUGCCGCAUUUUCCACUCACCAGCACCUGGUUUAGCGAGAUUGAUUCCUUUGAUGAUAGCUGCGCCAGGAUCCUGGAUGAGCUCUAUGUGCCUCAUAUAGUAAAGACGCCGCCUGGGGACCUGGGGAUACCCGACUGCGAGGCCACCAGUCUGUACAAAGCGGACCCCAAGCGCUACAAGCCCAGGAAUCGCAUCUACACCAGUCAGUCGGAGGUGGAGGCGGCUCUGGGAAAGCUCUCCCCUUUACAGCUACACUUCAGCUCGGAUUCCGAGGAGAACUAUGGCCAGCAGAUCAUCGACUGGGAGCAGAUAGAGCCCACUCAUGCCAAGAGCUCUGCCCUGCCAAAGGAGCGACUGGAACGCAAGCGCCAGCAGCUGGAGAAUAUGGCCAAUGCGGUUGUCUCCUUAGCUCAAUCCGGUGACCGGAUUGUGGACUUUUGCAGCGGCACUGGCCACCUGGCCAUUUUGCUGGCCCUCAAGCUGCCCCAGUGCACGGUGAUUGUGAUGGAGAACAAGGCGUUCUCGCUCAGUCAGGCCCAGAAGCGAGCCCUGGAGCUGGGUCUGAGCAACUGCGUCUUCUACCAAUGCAAUAUAGACUACUUUGUGGGUGACUUUGACAUUGGAGCCUCGCUGCAUGCCUGCGGCACGGCCACCGACAUUGUCCUGCAGCAGUGUCGUCGCGUUAAGGCGCACUUUGCCUGCUGUCCCUGCUGUUAUGGCUCCCUGCAGCCCAUGCCGCACAUCUCUUACCCUCUGAGCAAGGCUUUUCGUGGGGUUUUGGACUCGAAGGACUACCUGUACAUUGCCCAUGCGGCGGAUCAGGCCCAUGAGAUGGGCACCACCAACUGCAAGCCGGAGACCACGUUGCAGGGCUUGCGCUGCAUGUCCGUGGUGGACACGGAUCGCCAGCUGCAGGCUGAGGAGGCGGGCUACCAGGUGAUAUUCACGCGCCUGAAGCCGGAGCAGUGCACGCCAAAGAAUCAUCUGCUAGUCGGACGUUUUGUCAAAACAGAACUGAACUGAAAACUGCCACAAAAAUGGGGAAAUAAAUGAACUUUUUUUGUACUUUUUUGAAAGAGAUGAAGCUUCUAGA